CUUUAUUAUGGCGCACCAGUUCGGCACAAUUGUGUUAAGUGUCAUCAAAACAUUUCAAAGUUCAGAGGCACCAACUAUUAAAACAACAGAUGGCGCUAUAUAUGUUUGUCUAAUGCCCUCCCAUCAGCAAAAACUCGCUCAAGUUGAUACAUCUGAACGUGACGAUUGGAGACGAAGGGUAUCAGAAUCAGAUAGACCAUUAUUGGAGGCAUUAUUAGAUGAAGAAAAACAUGAAAAUGCUAGACGCCGUCACUUAAGUAAUGGAAGAUUUUUAACAAUGCAUAAAAGACGUCGCAAGAAGUUAACAACACGUUCUUUAAAUCAGGAUCCAGCUAUAUUAGAUGACGUUCUUCAUGGACAAGUUCAGUGUAUAUUAAAUCGUGUUGGUGACUGGCGAUUUAAUGCAUUUACAUUAGAAACUGUAACUGGAGGACGUUCACUGCCUGUUAUAUGUGUUCACUUGUUCCAUUGGUACGGCCUUUUGGACCAUUUUAAUUUAGAUGUAGUUAGAUUAUGGAAAUUAUUUACCCUCAUCGAAGAGGGAUAUCAUAGCACAAAUCCGUAUCAUAAUUCAAUACAUGCGACUGAUGUAACACAAGCAAUGCAUUGUUUUUUACAAGAACAUAAAAUUUAUGAAAAUUUAAAACCAAUUGAAAUAUUGGCUUCAUUACUUGGUGCUGUAACACAUGAUUUAGAUCAUCCAGGUGUUAAUCAACCAUUUUUAAUAGCAACAUCAAAUCAUUUAGCUGCUCUCUAUGAAAAUACAUCUGUAUUAGAAAAUCAUCAUUGGCGUUCAGCUGUUGGUUGUUUAUUAGAAUCUGGUGUUGCAGAACAAAUUCAAGAUAUACGACCAAUUGUUGAAAAGCAAAUAGCAUCAUUAAUAUUAGCAACAGAUAUAACAAGACAAACCGAAUUUUUAGAAACAUUUCGUAAAUAUUUAGAUACGAAUACAUUAGAUAUGACAAUUGCUGAGAACCGUCAUUUUAUAUUACAAAUAUCACUUAAAUGUGCUGAUAUAUCGAAUCCAUGCAGGCCAUGGGAUAUUAGUAAAAAAUGGAGUCAAAAAGUAUGUGAAGAAUUCUUUAGACAGGGUGAUUAUGAAAGACAAUUAAAUCUUCCGGUUACAUCAUUAUGUGAUCGUUUUACGAAUUCGGUUCCAAAAAUUCAAGUAGGAUUUUUUAAAUUUGUUGUAACACCAUUAUUUAUUGAAUGGCAUAGAUUUUUGAAUACAAAAUUAUCGACACGUAUGAUGAAAUAUUUAAGGGAAAAUGAAGUGCAAUGGUCCAAUCGUGUUGCAGCUGAACAAGCUGAAGAAACGAAAACUGAAAUAUCUGAUGAUGAUAUUUUAGAUGAAGAUUAUGCUGGUGGUGCUGAUAAUAUUAUAAAUGUCGAUAAUGAUAAUGAAGAUGAUAUUGGAGAAGCAGCUGAUAUUUGUCUUGAAUUAUCUGAUAGUUCAGAAGUUUUAUUACCAGAAAUAAAAUUACCACGACGUAGCUCUCUUCAAGUACCGAAAUUCGGUAGAUCACACUUUGAUCGUAGACAUUCUGUACCAGUUAACCCACCGAAAAUAAUUCUUCCGCCAAAGGAAUCCCGCGAUAAUGCUGUUUCUAGCAGUGGUACUGGAAGUGAACAUGGGCCAACUUUAACACUACGUGAAGACUUUGAAAGUAGAUUUGAUGAUUCCUUUUCAAUUCUUUCAUCAGACAGUGAGAGUGGUUUAAGAAAAUCAUCUGGUGGUAGUUUUGGUGAGCGUGAACGACCACUAAGUGCAGAAACUUUAUUACCAGAAUUAAAUAUUGCAACAAUGAGUAAGAGUGAGUGUGCGGAUCGUUUAAAUAUUGUUAUGCAUGGUGGAUUGAAUUCUUUAAGCACAAAUAUGUUAACAGCCAAUAGCACUUCCAAGCAAUUGAUUCGACAGCAAACAUUUCCUCCUCUACAACCGUAUAUACGAGCGCGUUAUAUGUCAGCUGGUGCUGAAAUGUCAGGUUGUGUUGCAGAAUCAAGUAGCUCAAAUAGCUCUCAAAAUGGACAAUCCACUGAACCUUUAACUCAUCAGGGCUCUAAAAAGAAAUCCAAAAAGGAUAGUUUUAAACGUGAAGCAUCACUUGGUAAUGGAUCAUUUCAAGUUGAAAAUAAAUCUCAUAAAAUGGCAAAAUUAUCUAUACCCGGUCAAAAAGAAAAUGUUGAUCCAUCUAAAUUAAAAUUAGGGCAAGGUAAACGUAGAGGUUCAGCUCCUGUUGAUAUAACAUGUACAACAAUAACUGCAACAACAACUACAACAACUGGAACAUCAUCAAAAAGUUCAGGAACUGAUCAAUAUAAUUUGAUUGUUCGAACAUGUGAUAAAUUUAUACGAAGAGGUUCAAUGCCAGUUGAUGUUAUACAUAUGUCUUCUAUUGAGACAACUCGUGAUAAUGAAAGUCUCCUAUUAAAUCCAUCAACAUUUCAAAGACGUGGCUCUAUACCAUUUGAUCAUAGUUCAUCAGUAAAUCGCUCAAAUAAUUUUAAUGGUAAAUCCAGAAAUCGUAAAAAGUUAUUAAGAAGACGUUCAUCAGGUGGUGCUGAAAUUUUAAGUCCUAUUAUGGCUGAACCUGAUUCUGGUAGCAGUAGCAGUACUUCACAAGCAUGGUAUCGUUUUAAACGUCAAAAAUCUGAUGUUGAAUCUAUAUUGAAUCGUAGAAGGGGAUCAUUACCCGUAGAAGUUUUAGCUAUUUGUCAUUCAGGAACAUUACGUCAUUAAAUCUUCAAUUUAAUGGAGGAGGAAUAUAACUGCAAAAGAAUAUAAUAUAAGCGGGAUUAUUAAGUGGAAUAUAAAUGAAAAUUAAGGAAGCUAUACAACAAAACUGAAUCGACUGGACUCUGAUAUAUAAUAAAUACACAUAUAUUUAAAAAAAAUCUUUCAUUAUUCAUUUUAUCUCAAAAAGAACAAAACAAACAUACUUUAAUACUUAUAAUUUUAAUUAAAUAAUUAAUAGAUAUUAAAUAUUUAAAAUAUUUAAUAUUUAAAAACAAAAAUUUAAGAACGAAACAUGAAUAAAUGGAAAAAAUGUAAUAUUAUUCAUUUCAACACAUAAUUAAGACUAGAAAAAUACAAACAAAAAUUAAAAUAUAACAUUUUGUUAUAAAGCAAAAACAAAAAAGCAAAGAACAUUAAUUAAAAACAUUAGACUUAGGAUUUACCUAUAUAUUAAAUAACUUAAAAUUAAUUUACAUUAUUAAUUUUAAGAGAAAAUUUUGUAAAUUUUUGGGCUGGCCUCAAAAUUAUGUGUAGAAAUUUAAAUUUAGCUUGUAAACACAAAAAAAAAUUGUAACAUUUAAAUACUGCUACAAAGAAAAAAAAGAAGAAACAUUUAAAUCAAAAUGAAAAUCAAUACAAAAUUAAAUAGAAUUCAAAACAAAAAUGAACAAAAUACAAAAUAAUCAAAAAUAAAAUUAUUAUAAUUUUAAAUUCAACAAAAAAAAAAUCGACUUCACAAAAAAAAAAAUCAUAAAACAUAAUUAAAUAUACAUUUAUAAUAAUAUUUAUUAGAUAAUAAAAUUCACUAGACAAAAAUUAAAAUUGCAUGUAAAGAAAUGAAAUAUUAAAAAAAUAUUCACAAUUUAAAAAGAAAACAAAAAAGACUUAAAAUCUAAUUAUAAUGACUUUGUUUUUCGCUAUUAUUUAAAAUCAAAAAAUUUAUUUUCAAUUCAAAGGAUUGUGUUUAAAAAUUA